GGCCACGCCGUCGUCGGCGCCUGCGCAGAGCAGCUCGAGCGCGACCAGUGGCUCCCGUCUCAUCUCCGAAGAUGGCGGAGCGCGGCAGUGUCGGCACGGGCAGCAACACAUCUCUGAAGGGGCUGCGGGAGAGGAUGGUUGCUGCAGCUCACACAAUUGCUGAAGAACGGAGGAAUCAAAGUGGAGUUAGCUCGUUUACGUCCCAAUCUUCAAAUAUUAAAUCAUCAUUUAAACCAGUGAUUGAUGGAUCUGUGCUUAAAAAUGAUGUAAAACAGAGAUUAGCAAAGGAACGCAGGGAAGAGAAGAGGAGACAACAAGAUGCCAGUAAAGAAAUGCAACUACUUGAAAAAGCAAGAAAGGCCAAGCUCCAAUAUGAAAAACAAAUGGAAGAAAAGCAGCGAAAGCUGAGAGAGCAAAAAGAAAAAGAUGAGCAGCGGAGAAUAUCUGCAGAAGAAAAAAGAAAACAGAAAUUAGAAGAAGAAAGGGAAAAAUAUAAAGCUGUUCUUUAUCGUACUUUGGAACGGAGCAGUCGUGUUGAACUUCGGCAAAAACGAUGGUCAUGGGAAGGCACUCCAGUGGCAAAUUCUGAGAGCAAAUAUGGUGAUAAGAGAUCUAUAUCUACUGAAAAAAUCGAACGGGGGACUUCUGCUUUCAACAAACAAAUGUAUAUGUCACCUACAGGUCUUCAAAAUUCUGUUGCCAAAAGAAAAGUGGAAAAGAAGAGAAGCUCAUCUUUAAAUAGGAGAGACAGCAAACUACAUUCAUCUACUGAUACAGAACAAGUAGAAGGAAAACCAGCUCAUCGCCUGUAUUUCGGUCCUCAAGAGAAUAAUUUAAUCAGUCGGCUGCUCAUUCCAACAAAAGCAUCCUUAGCCAGAAGCAAAAGUGCUGCUUCAUUAUCCGUCCCUGGAAAAAAUAUUCCAGCUGUCAAUAGUAACCCAUUCCGGUAUGUGAAUGUGCCCAUGUGUAGCUAUAAUAGUGAUGAAUUAAAGACUACAGUCACAUUUUCCAAGUCAACAGUGAAAAUGCCUCCUCAAACAAAAUUAGAAAUGGCUCCCCAGGAGAAAGUAGAGACAACUCCCAAGGCAAGUGUGGAAGUGCCCCCCAAGUUACAUGUGGCAGCAUUACACAGGGCAAACAUGGAAGCACCCUCCAAGCCCUCCAAGACAAGUGUGGAAGCAUCCUCUGAAGCUAGCGUGGAAGUACCCCCCAAGGUGAACAUGGAGGCAUGCCCUGGGGUGAACAUGAAAGUGCCCCCCAAGGUGAGCAUGGAAGACUCCCCCAAGGCAAGAGUGGAAGCACCUCCCAAGGUGAACAUGGAUUUUUCCCCUAAGGUGAGACUGGAAGUGUCCCCCCAGGCAAGCAGGUACUCCUCCCCUGAGGGGAGCGAGGACUCAUCCCCUGUGGAGAGUGUGAACGUGUCCCCAGUGGUGAGUACAGAUGAAUCCCUGGAGCUGAGCACCGAUACCUCCCCAGAGGUGAGUGUGGAUAUAUCCCCUGAGCCAAGCCUGGAAGCACCCCUUGAAGAGAGCUUAGAAGCAUCUUCUGAGGUGAUGGUAGAAGUGAACCCUGAGGUAACAGUGGAAGCACCCCCUGAGGCAAGUGUGGACGCUUCCCCCAAGGCAUCCCCUGAGAUGAGCAUGGAAGUCUCUUCGAAGGCGAAAGUGGGAGAUUCUCCGCAGAAAUCAGAAAUGGACAAACAGACCUCAAGCCCUAUUACCAAGAAGCCUGUAUCAUCGCACAUGCCAUGUUGCAAAUGGUCACCAUCUCUUAUGAGCAGGUGGCAUCCACCUUUUCCUAUGUGCACUAGGCAAAUCCGAAGGAACUGCCCUCCGUCACCUUCAGUAGUUCUUUCAAAACAAUCAUCACCACCUUCUCUUUUCCAUAGAGUAAUGCCUGUUCAGCAUACCCCAGUUGCACAAAAUACAUUGGGUACUGUCAAAAAAAAGAGAGAAAUAGUUUCUAAAUCUGCUGACAAAUGUGAGGCUUCAAGCCAAAAACAUGUGAUUGGUGAAGAGUCUGGUAAUAAAAGCACACUAGAGACUAUGAGUGCUGAGGAGGCAACAAAAAUUUUGGGAGAAAGAUGCCGCCUUGUUCAGGAGCAAAGAGAAAAAGAAGAAGAGGAAAGACUCCGGCAAGAAAAGGAGCCAAGGGAAACAAAAGAUGUGGCAGAGAAAACCAUUGAAGGGCAAGCAGAAGAGUUACCAAAACUCAAAGAUGAGCAGCAACAAAAGGAUACAAAACAGAAGAAAGAAUGUCAGGAUCAAGAAGACCAAGAAGGACUACUGCAGAAAGGGAACAAAAUAAAGGCUCAAGAGGAAGCGGACAAACGCAAGAAGGAACAUGAGAGAAUUAUGUUACAAAAUUUACAUGAAAGAUUAGAAAGAAAAAAGAGAAUUGAGGAAAUUAUGAAGCGGACGAGAAAGACAGAUGCAAAUGUCUCCAAGGCUGCAGAAACAUCCAGCAGAAAAAUAUAUGAUGAGGAUGAAGCCGACGAUGAGGAUGAGUCUGAAAGUGACGAUGAUGACUCCUCUUUCGAUGACAUGUUUCCAUCAGCCAUUCAAAAUGGCAGAGGUUCACCUACCAAACUCAGAGCCAAGAAAAUGUCACACAGGCUGAUGUUUCUAGAAGCCACUACUGGCCAGGUUCAUAAAGAGACGAGAACAUAUUUUAAUGGCGAUUUGAAAUUCUUCAGACAAAAAGGCAUGAGAGAGAGAGACCCUUUGUCACAGAUGAAAAGUUCAAGACCAUCCACCAAAAGACCAACCAGACACACAACAAAAACCAGAAAAGUAAACAGAACCAGCAACACCGUAAGAUCUUCCCUGAGUUUGAAUUCAAACCAGGAGUGGAUCUGUGACAAGAUGAAGGACAUCAGAAGUCACCCAGAACCAUCAGUGUCACAUAUCCCUCCUGACAGCCACAAACACAAUCUGGAAGAUUCUAUGACAUCUUGCCAAAGUCCCCAAACAUCUUUAGAUGAGGAGACAAGCAGCAAACCUGCUUCUUCUCAUUCAGAUGACUAAACCUCAUGCAGCCUGGGAGAUUAAUACACCUGCUCCGAGUAGCUCGACCCCCAGGUCCAUCUUCCAGAAUUUUCCUGCUUCUGACUUGAACCUGGCAAAGGAAAUGAACAUCAAAAAAAAAAGGAAAAUAGAAAAUAUCAAAAGAUCAAUUUGACGUGCAUCUCAGAAGAUGUUUAUAUCAUCUUGUUCUCUUGUGUAUAAGCAAGAGUUCUGAGUAAAUAGUCAUUUUGGUUUGUUUUCCUUGAAAAAUCACGAUUGUCUCUCAUUCUUGUGUUUUCCUACCAAUGUGUGUGCAGGAAUGAGUGUGCAUCAGGGAUGCUUUCCUAAAAUGGUAACUGUCAAGUUUCUAAAAGAAUCUUAAUUAAGGACUAACUCUCUUUGAGUAUAUAUUUGAAAUCUUGAAGUAAUGUUUUUUCUGUUUACCAAUAACAUUAAUUGGAACAACUAAAAUCUUACAUUUGACGUUGCAGAGAACAUAAUGGAUUAUGCAAGGGACUCAGGAUUACUCACCAGAGCUGUGUUAGAUUCUUUCAAAUAUACAAUAAUGAAGGUUGCAAAAUACAGCAAAUUGUAUUUUGCCAUUUCAUAUGUAUAUUUUUAGUUCUGUCGUCAUCUCUGCCAGUGAGUGCAUAGGCAGUGAUACCCUCAAACGCUGGGAGUCUCUGAAGGUAUAAUAUUUGAGCAGUCAGCAUCUUUCACACUUUUCUCAGCAUUUCCUUUUAAAGUACAUUUUGGGAGUUAUUUACAAAAACAUGUAUUAUUUUUAUUGUGUACAUAAAACAAUACUUAGCUAAUGUCUCUUGGAAUAUGUUCAAUUCCUCUAAAUGUUUAAUGUUUAAAGUAUUUUUCUGCUGCCAUUCUACAGUCCUAUCCUUCUGAGUUUUGGGCUUGAGAUACAUAACCAAAAUUUGCUUGCCUUUUUCUAGCCAUUGGUGCCUGUGAGUACGGGCUCAGUGUUGUCCUUCAGUCCCCAUGAUAGGCACACGGAUACACACGUGGAUAUGCGCGCACACGUAUGUACACACACAGGAUAUAGGGUUCCAUAAAACUCAAUCCCAGUUAAUUAUCUUAAUGCUAAUGAGUUUCAGUGUUGAAUUACAAAUAGUUAGAACCAGGCCAGUGUUCCUUUUGGCCACCAGUCUUGGAUUAGUAAAAAGAGGUAAUAAUUUUUCUGAUUUCCUGGUUUUUUUCUACUGUAAGUUCUGUACGUUUGUUAUAGCUUAGAGCAGGGUGCCUUAGAUUUAGAAACUGUUUUUCUACACUUGCUCUUUAAUAUAGAGGGCAGAGGCAAUCACCCAACAAAUGAAUUUCUGAUAUUCUUCUGCACAAAUGCCACAUGUUGCAACACUGUUACACCUCCUUAUAAAUGUAUGCUAUAUGAAAUAAACUUUGCAGACAAAAGAAGGUUUUUUUUUUAAUUAUAAUUAUUUAAAAUGCACUGAUAGUUUAUAAAGGUGACACCAAUUGUUAGCCAAGCUGUGAACACCAGGCAAC